CAUCCUCCAGAAUCCAGAAGAGUGUACGCUCGUGACAGAAGGCUCGUCCGUUUCGCUCGUGUAAUCGCGAAUCUUUUUUUUUUUCAACUGACAAUCGCAAGGAAGUGGUCCUUCGCCGUUCGCCGCUGGACAGAAACCGGGAUAUGAGCUACACCGAACCGCUCUGGGAGAUCAAUGGAAAUCAAGCACCAGUAAUUACAGCGGAUAUGUCGCAAUACGUCAGCGGCGAACUAGGAAGUUAUCCCAUGUGGGACAGUUCUGUGUUAUAUCAAGCACCGCCACCCUCACACACCCACAUGAACGAACACGGAUUGUACAGACAACCCUGUGCGUUGUUACAUCAAAGUCGUUAUACGCCUAAUGGCAGAUCUCCGAAUGUUCCAUCGUCAACUACGAAAAAGCCAAGGCGUCGCGUGGCCACGGUUUCACAGAGGAGAGCAGCGAAUAUUCGGGAGAGGCGUAGGAUGUUUAAUCUGAACGAAGCCUUCGAUAAAUUACGUAGGAAAGUACCGACCUUCGCGUACGAGAAGCGACUUUCAAGGAUCGAAACAUUGCGUUUAGCUAUCACCUACAUCGCUUUUAUGGGAGAGCUGCUCGGAAUCGAACCGAGCAGUCCGAAGCAAGAAUACAUACCGAGGGAAUAUUACUUGCCGAAUUAAAUUCGGGAAUGGGGAAAUGUGAAUGGAAAUCCGUGUAUGGAAUUGCAACAGAUGAAACAUCAAUGAAACCAGUAGCGAUUACUUUCAAUGGAAUCAUUCAAUGUACAAUUGAUUUGAGAUUAUUUAAAAUCAGGCAUUUAACGAUUAUGUUAUCUCAAUUCGAUAUACAGUAUUAAAAUUAAAACUAUUUUUCCCAUCACGAAUAAAAGACAUAUUCGGAUAGCUACAUUUAGGAUCAUCCUGUGUUUUCGUACCGUUUUUGGUAUUUUAGUACAAAUAUUGACUUUUGAAUUCGUUUUAUCGUUAUAACUCUUAGAACAAAUGUAUGUGAUCAAAACAUAUUUUAUAUGUUCCUCUUAUUAUUUCGGAAAGUCAAACGAAACCUUCAUUUCACUUCAAGUAGCAUACAUGCAUUCAAAUGAUCGUAACACAAAAGUCUCUUAAUAUAUCUUAACACAGAAAUGUACAUUUCUAAAAAUCUGAUUUACUAUAAAUCGUUUUAUCGAUCAUUUCUCUGCGAAAUAUCUAUUAUGGAGACAUAAUAAUUUAAUGAAACGUUUUACUUCUCAACGUAUAGAUUAUAAUUAAUUAUAAUAAACACUUGUUCUUUAACGAGCCUCACGGUGAUAAGUAGCAUCGGGCCUCUAAGACAGAAGUCAUAUAAAAAAAGAAGGACGUUAACUAACGCUUAUUGUUAAUGUCUAUGUGAUUUUACGGGAUAAGGACAAAAAUCUGUGUCUUCCAUAAUUUAUGUAUAAAUCUGCUUAUUAUAUAUAUUAUAAUUACACUUAAAUAUAAGACCUAUAAACAGUAACAUUUACCUCUCUAUUCUCUCCCUGAUAAGACAGCUUUUCAUUGAAUUCUUUAAUCAAAAUGUUAAUGGAGAAGGAAAACGUGCUUGAACUAUCACGUGGCUACACGUCUGUUAAAAGGACAUUCCUAUAUUUCAAUGCUCCUUCUAGAUUUAUUGCUUCAUUUUGUAAAUUGUAAUAAUUAACAUGUCGCUGUUCAUUACAUUUUUUAAUAAAUAUCGCAAAAACUUUCACGAAACGCAAUUAUUUUUUGCAUAUAUUAAUUUAGUUUUAUACAGUUAAUGUAUUAUUUGUGCUACCGAGGAGAUAUUAUUAGAGAGCGGCAGCGCCCGUGUAAUCACUGGGACAGGUAAUCGCUCUUUUUAGUGGUAAUCGCACCGAGGAUGUCCGGAAAACUUUCGAUUAAUAAAUGAAUGAAAACGAUUCUUGCCAUUUUUAUUUCACGAUCCUUGACCACAUAACUAAAUGAUCAAUCCUUGGACUGCCUGG